GCAACGUCCGACGUGAUGGCGUCACGGGGCCGGCGGCCAAUGAGACGGGGCGCUGGGAAGGCUGGCUUGGGUUUGAAUCUUGUGGCUGAGUUUGAAGCGCGGAGCGGCGGACGUCGGGGAGGAGAGUCGCCGUCGCCCCUGCGGGCCCGAGAGAAAUUCUCAGGCACUUACAUAAACAGAGGAAGCAAGAUAAUCAACAAUGUCUGUCACUGAGGAAGACUUGUGUCACCAUAUGAAAGUAGUUGUUCGUGUACGUCCUGAAAACACAAAAGAAAAGGCAACUGGACUCCAUAAAGUGGUACAUGUUGUGGAUAAGCAUAUCUUAGUCUUUGAUCCCAAACAAGAAGAAAUCAGUUUUUUCCAUGGAAAGAAACCUGCAAAUCGUGAUAUUACAAAGAGACAAAAUAAGGAUCUCAAAUUUGUAUUUGAUGCUGUUUUUGAUGAAACAUCUACUCAACUAGAAGUGUUUGAACAUACUACUAAGCCAAUUCUUCGUAGUUUUUUGAAUGGAUAUAAUUGCACAGUACUUGCAUAUGGUGCUACUGGAGCUGGGAAGACCCACACGAUGCUAGGAUCAGCUGCUGACCCUGGAGUAAUGUAUCUAACAAUGUUAGACCUUUAUAAAUCCAUGGAUGAGAUUAAAGAAGAGAAAGUAUGUAGUACUGCAGUUUCUUAUCUGGAGGUAUAUAAUGAACAGAUUCGUGACCUCCUAGUAAAUUCAGGACCACUUGCUGUUCGGGAAGAUGCCCAAAAAGGGGUAGUUGUUCAGGGAUUGACUUUACAUCAGCCCAAAUCCUCAGAGGAAAUUUUACAGUUAUUGGAUAGUGGAAACAAAAACAGGACGCAACAUCCCACUGAUAUGAAUGCCACGUCUUCUCGUUCUCAUGCUGUUUUCCAGAUCUAUUUGCGACAACAAGACAAAACAGCAAGUAUCAGUCAAAAUGUACGAAUUGCCAAGAUGUCACUCAUUGAUCUGGCAGGGUCUGAGAGAGCCAGUGCUACCAGUGCUAAAGGGACCCGGUUUAUAGAAGGCACGAAUAUUAAUCGAUCACUCUUAGCUCUGGGGAAUGUUAUCAAUGCCUUAGCAGAUACAAAGAGAAAGAAUCAGCAUAUUCCUUACAGAAAUAGUAAGCUCACUCGCUUGUUAAAGGAUUCUCUUGGAGGAAACUGUCAAACUAUAAUGAUAGCUGCUGUUAGUCCUUCCUCUAUGUUCUACGAUGACACAUAUAACACUCUUAAGUAUGCUAAUCGUGCAAAGGACAUUAAAUCUUCUUUGAAGAGCAAUGUUCUUAACCUCAACAAUCAUAUAACUCAGUAUGUAAAGAUCUGUAAUGAGCAGAAGGAAGAGAUUUUAAUGUUAAAAGAAAAACUAAAAGCCUAUGAAGAACAGAAAGCUUUUACUGAUGGCAAUAACAAAGCAAAGAUAAUGAUUUCAAACCCUCAGGAAAAAGAAAUUGAAAGAUUUCAAGAAAUUCUGAACUGCUUGUUCCAGAAUCGAGAAGAAAUUAGACAAGAAUAUCUGAAGUUGGAAAUGUUACUAAAAGAAAAUGAACUUAAAUCAUUCUAUCAACAACAGUGCCACAGGCAAAUCGAAAUGAUGUGUUCUGAAGACAAAGUUGAAAAGGCCACUUGCAAACGAGAUCAUAGACUUGCAAUGUUGAAAACUCGUCGCUUCUACCUAGAAAAGAAAAAGGAGGAGGAAUUGAAGCAAUUUGAUGAGAAUACUAACUGGCUUCAUCGUGUAAAAACUGAAAUGGAACUCCUAGGUCAAAAUGGUCACAUUCCAAAGGAGCUCAAUAAAGAUCUUCAUUGUCACCAUUUGCACCUCCAGAACAAAGAUUUGAAAGCACAAAUUAAACAUAUGAUGGAUCUAGCUUGUCUUCAAGAACAGCAACACAGGCAAACUGAGGCAGUCUUGAAUGCUUUACUUCCAGUCUUAAGAAAACAGUAUUGUGCAUUAAAAGAAGCUGGCCUUACAAAUACUGCUUUUGAGUCGGACUUCAAAGAAAUUGAACAUUUGGUAGAGAGGAAAAAAGUGGUGGUUUGGGCUGACCAAACUACCGAACAUACUAUAAAGCAAAAUGACCUACCAGGGGUCUCUGUUCUUAUGACUUUUCCACAACUUGGAUCACCAGUUCAGUCUGCUCCUUGUUGCAUAUCUUCAAGUGAAUCCAAUCUGCUUAAAAUUCCUCCCCAUAAAAGAACCCGAAGAAAACUAAUGCCUUCUCCCCUGAAAGCAGCACAUCCUCAAAAGUCCGCACUGUCUGAAAGUUUGGAGCUCAAUGAUUCUCUCAGCAAAGAACUUCAGCCUAUUGUGUAUACGCCAGAAGACUGUAGAAAAACUGCUCAAAAUUCAUCUAUAGUGACCUCAUCAAAACCAUUAUCACAAGCUACACGUUUUCAGACCAUCAGCUCAAAUGUAAAUGGUGAGAAUUCUCUGAAAACAUUAUGUGAAAUAGAUACUCCUCACAGCCGGAGAAAAGAAUAUGGACAGGAAGAUUUGGACUCCACAUUUAUUAUAUGUGAAGACAUCAAGAAUUUGAAGAGUAAAUCACCUGAGCAAGAAUCACUGCCAAACAAUAAUAACAUUUUACAAAGGCUUGCCUCUUCUUCAUUCUCAACUAAACAUCCUCUGCCUAUACCAAGCAUAGAACCAUCCUACAUGGCAAUGACGGCUGCUGCCAGAAGGAAACGGAAGUUAACAAGUUCUGCAUCAAAUACUUCAUUAACUGCUGAGGUAAAUCCUGGAUUUGCCAAACGUGUUCGACAAGAUGAUGCAAGUGAAAAGGUCUUACAAGAAAACAGACCAACAGUGGACUAUAAAAGAAACGUCCAUAAAGUAAAUCCAAACAUGGUUAGAAAAUUUGGAAGAAGUAUUUCAAAAGGAAAUCUGAGAUAAGUCACUUCAAAAUCAAGGAAAAUGGAAUUGACAAGUCUCCUUUUAAAAGGAUCUGUUGCCAGCGCCCUUUCAGAAACUAGCUAAAAUCUUUGAAAGAAGACCAUCUUAAAGCUAGGUUUACCCAAAUACCUUCAGUGAGCAGAAAAUAAAAUUCUUUCUGUUUUGUUCUUUUGUAAUCUAAGCAAAUAUUAAAUUUCAAGAGAAAAGGCUAUGUUUUAAUAAAGAUACUAAAACAUUU